AUGCACAGCCGUUGCACAAAUACAUGCUCCUCUCUCUUCCGCCCUCUUCCCUCUAAACCCUGAUCGUUCAGCAUCUGGGCUUUAGCGCGUCGCUCUCUCUCUCUCUCUCUCUCUCUCUCUCUCUCUCUCUCUCUAUAAAAACUCACCGAGUUCAAUCAGAGCUCCAACUCGGCCUCGACUCGGUCCUCCAAAGCCAUGCAAGUGAUCUCCAACACUCGCAGGCUCUCCAGAGCUUUCAAAUCUCCCAUUUGUAUCAAACCCACCGACCAAUUUCUCUCUCCCGAUGCCCGAGUCGUCGAAGCUCCACUCUCUUCUCUCCAAUGGCGGAACCUCGGCGCCGGCUCUUCCCAAACGGCCUUGUUCUUCGGCAGUACUCACGGUCAUCUUUUGCUGAUGGAACAACAUUCAACUUGUGCAGUGAUGAUGUUGAGAGCGCCGUUUUCUUCUCAAGCGAGUACCAUCCAAGGUGGUUCCACAGAGGCUGUGAAGGAGCUGUCUGAUAAGAUGUUGCAGUCUGUUAAUAUUAAACGAUCGAUGCCCCCUAAUGCUUGGUUAUGGUCAUUGAUUGAAAAUUGCAAAAAGGAAGGAGAUAUUAAGCUUCUAUUUGACAUCUUGCAGAACCUUCGAAGAUUUAGACUGUCAAAUCUUCGCAUCCAUUCCGAUUUUAAUUGCAAUCUCUGCCGAGAGGUUACUAAGGCGUGUGUUCGUGUGGGAGCUCUUGACUAUGGAAAGAAGGCCUUGUGGAAACAUAACGUGUAUGGAUUGGCUCCUAGCAUUGGAUCUGCACACCAUUUACUGUUGUAUGCUAAAGAACGCAAUGAUUCUAAACUUAUGGUGGAAGUAAUGAAACUUUUGAAGAGGAAUGGCCUACCAUUGCAACCUGGUACAGCAGAUAUUGUUUUCAGCAUUUGUUACAAUACUGAUAAUUGGCAGUUGAUGUCUAAGUACUCAAAAAGGUUUGUCAAAGCUGGAGUAAAGCUACGUCAAACUGCUUUUGAUCUAUGGUUGGAAUUUGCUGCUAAAAUAGGAGAUGUUGAAUCAUUGUGGAAAGCAGAGAAACUAAGAUCUGAAUUGAUGAAGCAGCAUACUGUUGCAAGUGGACUUUCAUGUGCUAAGGGUUUUCUGUUAGAAUGUAAGCCCGAGGAAGCUGCUUCCAUCAUUCAAGUUCUAAAUCAGAUUUUACCUGAUACAAAGAAGUCCAGUAUCGUGGUUGGGCUUGAAAAGUUAGUUAAUGAGUGGCCCUUAGAGGUUAUUAGGCGCCAGAAGGAAGAGGACAGAAGGGCAUUAGCUACAUCUUUGAUCUCUGAUAUCCCUACAAUGGUUAGUUCCCUAUCAAACACGGGCUUACAAGUGAGCGUAAACAUUGAUGACCUAACCAGCAAAGAAGGUAUUCUUUAUUGAACUUCGGAGGGUAGAGACUGAAAAUCUGAAGCUGCACAUGCCGUUCGUAUCCUGUAAAAGAGAGAGAACCAUGUUUUUCUGCCAUGGUUGAUGAGCAUUCCAAUAACCCGCCCUCUUUACAAAGGCACUCCCAGCUUUCUCAAUGGUGCGUUAGAUUAUAACAAAUUUUGUUAUGCAGGUCAUUUGAUUGGAUUUGAUUAUACUAGUGCUUUUGUAUCAUUUCUAACGUGUUCAUGUUGAAACGUGGUUUUGGUUGUUGUGAUAUGGAGGGAUAUUUUCCGAAUGUUAGUUUAAUUUCAUACUCUCUCUA